GAACUAAGUACAAUUGUAUUAUAGGCUCUAACAGUUGACGAUAUAUUUCUUUAUAAAGUGUAUAGUAAAAUCAAUCGCCAUGGAAAAUUAUCCCAUGAUGUAUGCGGAUUUUUCACACCGGUAUUCGUUCUCCCCCUUUCAGAAACGAAGACAAGACCACGAGCUUGGAAAGAGGAGAAGACGGAAAACGAAAUGUCCAACACAACAGCAUGACCAACGACAAGCAGCUAAUAUGAGAGAGAGAAAGAGGAUGCAGUCUAUAAACGAUGCCUUUGAGGGACUUCGAGAGCACAUACCAACGUUACCUUACGAAAAACGUCUCUCAAAAGUAGACACUUUACGCCUAGCCAUUGGUUAUAUCGGAUUCCUUUCAGAGUUGCUUGACAACGAUCAGAAUUCUAGCGAAUCGAUUGAAGCUUUGAGAACAGAAAAACCAAAGAAAAUUAUUAUAUGUCACAGAGGCUCACCAACUCCGGCUGAGAUGGAGUAUGGCAUGCCACCUCUUGCGGGACACUCGCUCUCUUGGUGUAACGAAAAGAAAGUAUUUAGCUGCAAAUCGAAUAACACAAUGACAGCGAAGGUUUGGACACCUGAGGACCCACGAGGAGGCGGACAUUUUUGUCAUCUGAAAACCAGUGACAUUCAACGGGAGACCAUCCUACCCGAAGACACUAUACUAGACGGUCAUACAUUAUUAUUGUGAAAUGACUACACGAGAAAGCUGAAUAUAUUUCUACCAUCCGAUCACCAUCCAUUCUAAUAUUCGCCUUAAACCUGGACAAAAUGUUUGCAUAUUAAACAACAGUUCUGUUGGUCCACAUGAUAACGAUUUCAAUAUCUGUGGUCGAAUGCGUACGGUGCAAUAUUGUUUUCUUUUCAUAUAGAUAGGGUAAUCAUCAUGGUUUGUCGAUAUUUACGUUUGUUAAUGUAUUCAUUAGUUUAAAGUAAUCAACGCUUAUCAGCUAUGAAAACAUUCCACUUCAAAUUGUUCAUUCGACAAUAAUUAAUUUUAAGUUUAUUUCACGUUCGCAUAAAUGAGAUUCUCUGAACAUUUGAAGACAAAUGUAUUUUUUUUUUGCAUUCAAAGGGUGCCUUAUAUAAAUGUACAUAAUA